AUGGUGAAGGAAGAAGGGGAAGAUGAUGGUGAGACUCAACAACCAGAAGCAGCGACCAAUCGGCCCUCCGAUGCCGCUUCUUCGCCGGUGCCGAUCAUCAAAAGCGCCCUCAAACGCCCCAAGACUUCCCAACAACCCAACACCGAAGCUGCAGCACUGGCACAGGAACCAGCACCACCAGGAAAACGCUUAAGGUUCAAAACGACAACAGAUGCCUCAGAGACCCAAGUUCUAGAGGCUAUGCAGAAGAUAGCUUCGCACAUCAAGAACCCCACCAAGUUCAGUAAGGCUGCAAAACUUGCCAUACAGCUCAUUCAGGCAGGAAGUGUGAAGCCAGCAACCAGCGAUCGUUUCUUUUCCAUACUUGGAGCUGCCAUGUCCAUGUCUUCAUCCACUCCUUGUACAGAUCCUUCGGUACGGGGAGAUUAUCAUGCAUUGUUCUCAGCUGCACAAUCUGCAGUGGAGUGCCUUAACAGAAAGCAGAAGAACCAGUUGUCGACAUGGACCAUUCAGACUGUGUUGGCAAAUGAUUUGUUGACAGAUGACAGCUUUGUGUUUUCAAAGACAGCUGGACAAAUAAAAGAAGCCAUUUCUAAUCUUCCAGUUGCAACCAAGGAUGAUGACAUUGAGGAAGCUGAAGCACUUAAAGCUCAUGAAGAAAACACAGAUGAUGAACAUCAGAAAAAGCAGUCUGCUGCUCCAGCUGAAGAGAGAGUUAACCAGGAAGAAUCCGAUCCAUUUGGACUCGAUGCUUUUUUGCCCGGUUCGCUGAAGAAAGGUGAAAAGGCAAAAGGGAAAAGUGAUGUGGCAUCCAAGACUAGAAAGGAUGAAGAAUUAGAGACCAAGAGUUUUCUCAAAGCACAAAGAGAAGCCUUAAUUAGCUGUUUAGAAAUUGCUGCUCAUCGUUAUAAAAUUCCAUGGUGCCAAACUGUCAUUGAUAUCUUAGUGAAACAUGCGUUUGAUAAUGUUACAAGGUUCACAUCACAGCAACGCGAUGCGAUCGGGAAAUUGUGGGCUUCAGUGAGGGAACAACAAAAUCAUAGGAAACAAGGAAAGUCAGUCUCGGGUAAACUUGAUGUAAAUGGAUUUGAAUGGCUGCAACAGAAAUAUGCCAGUGAGAAGAUCAGCAUUCGGCACUCUGUUGGAGCAAGUGGCGAUCGAAAAGCACAACAGUGGCUUGGUUGACAAGUCGAACUUUCCUCAAAUCAAGGUUUUCUGAUUUACUUUCCUUGAUGUUUCUUCUGACAUAAAAAUGUGCCUAGAUUGUAUUGCUGAAAUUUGUAUGUACAUGUAUUUAGUUAAAUGACCACGAUUUGGAAUCUUAUCUUUACCAAUAGCCAAGACAAGAACAAUAUCCUUCACUAAA